AUUUUCAUAAUUAUGAGAUUUGGCUAAAAUACUAGCAUUUAAAUCGCCUAAUCAAAAAAAGAAUUAAUCAGUUCAGUGACAAAUUUUGACACUGACGUUUCUUUUCGUGUCGGUAUCCGAAGACGUGAACUAGUUCACAACACAAUGGCAAAACCUAAGGGAGAGAGGAAAGGCAAAUCCGCUAUUAACGAAGUAGUGACUCGUGAAUACACAGUCAACUUACACAAACGCCUUCAUGGAGUUGGUUUCAAGAGGCGCGCUCCUCGAGCCAUUAAGGAAAUUAGGAAGUUCGCCGAAAAACAAAUGGGAACUCCCGAUGUUCGUGUGGACACCCGUUUAAACAAAUACCUGUGGUCUAAGGGAGUCAAGAACGUCCCCUUCCGCGUGCGCGUCAGGCUGUCCCGCAGACGCAACGACGAUGAGGACUCGGCGCACAAGCUGUUCACGCUGGUGACCUACGUGCCCGUCGCCUCCAUCAAGGGUCUGCAGACAGAGAACGUGGACGCUAGCCAAGAAUAAAGAAUAGGUGUAACAUA